ACAGGGUUUCUCUGUGGUUUUGGUGCUUGUCCUGGAACUAGCUCUUGUAGACCAGGCUGGUCUCGAACUCACAGAGAUCCGCCUGCCUCUGCCUCCCAAGUGCUGGGAUUAAAGGCGUGCGCCACCACCACCCGGCUCGGGCUGUUUCUUACAUGAAUAAUAAGGUUGCCUCCAGUGUCUACCUGUGUAACACAUGCCACGUGAUUUCACCCAGCGGCCGGGAUGCAGCUUUACUUAGAUGCUCCUAGCCUCUAAGGCUUCUACUCAUGAGAGAUAACUUUCUUUCAGCCCUUUCAGUGGAGAUACGUGGACGGGACAGGGCUUGGGACUCUGUCGAACACAUUUGUUCUGGACAUUGGCCGCUUACAGCAGCAAGAAAAGAAGAACCCUUAAAGAGCUAGCAUGCACAACCCUCCUCAACAGCCCACACUACCUUGCUUCCCCAGCCUAGUUUAGCAUAUGGCCCUGUGGUUGUGCGCAUGCGUGCUAUCAGUUGUGUUGCAGAUGUUCUGCGCUUGCUCAGAGCAAAUACCUAUGUCGCCCCACCCCGUUUCCUACAAUCGCUGUAGCCGCACGCGCUGCUUUUCCCAGCCACUGUUUUUCUACAUGCGCAGAUGCUCCACGUUGGGAAAUGGCUGCCGAGUGGCUGGGAGCUGAGGAAGCUGAGGACGCCAGAGGGCAGGCUGCAUCUCUGAGUAAGACUGAAGACUUGCUGGAAACAGUGAAAAAGCUACAGAAAGAGGGAAGCCUGGAACCCCAGAUUGAGGACCUGAUUCAUCGAAUUAAUGAGCUGCAGCAAGGUAAAUUAAAGAGGAGAUCCAGCGUGGAACUGGGAGAGGCCCAAGCACUCCAGGAAGCCAUGAAUCAGGAACUAGAUUCCUUGAAUGACGAGAAAGCACACCUAGAGGAGGUCCUGGGCAAAAAGCAAGAGGCUCUGAUGAUUCUCCAGAAGCAUUGCCAAGAGAGGGAAAGUGAGACUCAGUGGUUGAAUGCUAACGGCCAACUGGAGGAGCAAGUGGAGGAUCUGACAAAUCAGCGCAAGGACCUCUGGGAGUUCCAUGUCCUGCAGCAGCGGCUGACCCAGGAGAUCAGCACAAUGGAACACAACCAGGAUCAGCUGCUGACGGAGAGGACUCUGCUGUGUGCCAGACUGCAGGAAGUGGAGAAGAGGCUGCAGAUGGCUAGGGAGGCCCAGAACCCCCCUGGCAACUGUGGGCUGGAGGAAUUUGGGGGACAGUCCCAGAGCAUCCCAGAAAUUCAGAAUGACAGGGGAGACAUAGGCACCCAGUGAACAGAAGUAGAGGCUAGAGAGAAGUUGACCAAAGAGGAGCAGCAUCAAUUGGAGCCAUCAGGAGAGCUGCCAGGGACAGGGAUGCCCUGCUCGGCCAUGAGGAGCCACCAAUGCUCACGUCCCUUUAAGGCCUACCAAGAAAUAAAGACGAUUGC